UCUCGUGACCAAUGAUCCUCUAUAUUACAUGAGAUACCCUUACAAGAAUCUCACCAAUAGAGACAAGAUACGUAUCCAAUCACUCCUCUCCCUAUCUCUCUCUCUCGUAUCCCAUGCAACCAGAAAUGUCUCUUGUCACGGCGGCUCCACCGAACAACGUCGAUCAAAUCUUCCCUGAGGUUGACAUGUCCGCCGCCGAUUCUUCCUCCAUCGUACGUGCUACCGUCGUCCAAGCCUCCACCGUCGUCCAAGCCUCCACCGUCUUCUACGAUACUCCCGCCACGCUAGGUAAGGCGGAGAGAUUGCUUGCUGAGGCGGCGGAUAAUGGGUCUCAGCUUGUGGUGUUCCCGGAGGCUUUCAUCGGUGGAUAUCCUCGUGGCUCUAGCUUCGAAUUGGCGAUUGGUGCUCGUACCGCUAAAGGAAGAGAUGAUUUUCGCAAAUACCAUGCUUCUGCCAUUCAUGUUCCUGGCCCUGAAGUGGAGCGAUUGGCGGAAAUGGCCAAGAAGUAUAAAGUAUUCUUGGUUAUGGGUGUGAUAGAGAGGGAAGGCUAUACGCUAUAUUGCACUGUUCUUUUCUUUGAUUCACAAGGUCAGUUCUUAGGUAAGCAUCGUAAACUCAUGCCUACAGCUCUUGAACGUUGUAUCUGGGGAUUUGGAGAUGGAUCAACCAUCCCUGUUUUCGAUACUCCUAUUGGCAAAAUCGGUGCUGCUAUUUGUUGGGAAAAUAGGAUGCCGUCUUUAAGAACCGCAAUGUAUGCCAAAGGCAUUGAGAUUUAUUGUGCACCUACUGCUGAUUCUAGAGAAACUUGGCUAGCAUCAAUGACUCACAUAGCUCUUGAGGGUGGAUGUUUUGUUUUGUCGGCUAACCAGUUUUGUCGUCGAAAAGACUAUCCUCCUUCACCAGAAUACAUGUUUUCCGGUUCAGAAGAGAGCCUAACACCGGACUCUGUUGUCUGCGCCGGUGGAAGCUCUAUCAUUUCACCUUUGGGAAUCGUUUUAGCUGGACCAAACUAUAAAGGAGAGGCUCUUAUCACAGCUGAUCUAGAUCUUGGGGACAUAGCACGAGCCAAAUUUGAUUUCGAUGUGGUCGGGCAUUACUCGAGGCCUGAAGUGUUUAGCUUGAACAUAAGGGAGCAUCCGAGAAAAGCAGUUAGUUUCUCUACUACGCCAAAGGUAAUGAAAGAUGAAUCCGUCAACAAAUGAUCAUUUGUAUAAGACCCAAACUUUCUCUGUACUUCGUUUUUUUUUUUCUUUUUUGUAUGAAGUUUCUCUGUAAUUUGAUGAAGUUUAUGUGUAAUAAACUUCAGAAUUUGAU